CCCGGCCGGGUCUUGUGGACGAGCGGCUGGCGAGAGGUUGAGGCUCCGAGGCUCCAGGUCGGCGAAAAUGGCUUCUCUCUCACGAACUUUACGCUUUGCUGCCCUUAUCAGACCCUCGGCGGUGCUCAGCGUGGUGCCGAGAGCUGCGACAGUAGGAUGCCUGCACACACUGACCUCGAGGGAGAGUAGACUGUCCAACACAACGCUUUUAUCGGCGAUCACAAAGAAACCAGUGUUUAGACAAAACAUCAAGCAAUAUAGCAAGAAGCCCAACUUGGAUGACAUUUCAGAGAGGGUUCUUGGUAUAUGUAAGCUAUACUGUGCUGGAGAUUUGGAGCUCGCCGUGGAUUCUCACUUCAUGCAAGACCUCGGUUUAGACUCCUUGGAUCAUGUAGAAGUCAUCAUGGCCAUGGAGGAUGAAUUCGGUUUUGAAAUCCCAGAUGGUGAUGCAGAGAAGCUGUUGCGACCUGCUGAUAUCAUCCGAUAUGUGGCAGAUAAAGAAGAUAUUUAUGAAUAGUUUGGUUAAGCUAGAUUAUGAAAAUGGGAAAGGACUCCCCACAGGCCAUCACCUGCAUUGUCAGCAGCAGUUGGGCAAAAGUGGGAGUAUGCAAGAAGCCUUGGUACUGGGGAAAUCCAUGCAGUGGGGUUUGUAUGGCGUUGUAAAUAAUUCUAGUUGAGAAAAGUUUCCACAAUAUAAACCGGUUCAUUAAAAAGUCUUUUUAUUUUCUACAAUGAAGAAUAGGCCACAGAAAUUUUGAUGGUAGCAUCAUAGAAUUUAAUUAAUCUGUUCUUCACAGAAAACCCUUUUUUUUUUUUCUUUGAACAUGUGUAAUAAUAGUUUAUGUACAGAUGCCUAAUAAACUUAUAAAAUAAC